UGUCCGUAACAAAACUCAGAAAACGCCGUGACGCCUGACGUUCCGUACAACUGCUGAAGUCGAACUGCCGAGGAAACGGCCAGUCUUUUUUCCGUCUCCUUCGUCCGAUCAUCGAUCGGUCAAGAGCGCCGCCGGCCAUGAUCCUCGUCGACGACGUUCCGGUCGUUCCCGGCUCCGAUCCGCCUUCGCCGUCUCAGGUUCUGGAAAUCUUAGCUGCUUUAACAGACCACCCAACUUUAUUAUCUGCCUCGCAUUCAUUCAGAAAUACCCCAGAGAAGAGGUUUUCCAUUUCAGAGGAGUCUGGAUUGGGGAGCGUUACACAGCCCAAAUGUGUUUAUGUAUUCCAAAGAGAAUAUGCUAUUGUUGACCCUGCUUUGGUGGAUGUUGUCGGGACUGAUGAAGCAACUACAUGCGUGGGGCUUGUCAUUCGGAAUCGGUCAAAUGGAAAGAUUUCUAUUGCCCAUUUGGAUUCUCCAGCUAUUGUGGAAAUGGGUCUUGCUCAGAUGUUAUCACAAAUUUUUUAUCACGACUUGCAGGAUGAGAUGGAUGUUCAUGUCAUUGGCGGUUUUGAGGAUGCUUCUCUUAAACGAAUCAACCAUAGUGAUGGAUCGGAAAUCCAUGGAAAAGUGGGCGGUUAUUCCUUACCACUGUGUAUCAAAUUGAUCGAAACAUUGCUGAGGAGACGAGAGAAAUUUCAUAUCCAGACAUUCUUUGUGCUUGGCCACAAUACUAGACCGGAUGCUGAUGGACGUGCAUAUCCUAUUAUUACUGGGUUCCUGGUCAGUGUCUGUUCCAGAUGUAGAGACAUCCAAUGGGUCUGUAUCCCCGCCUGUUUUGAUAGAACUUCCAGAUGUCCCGAUGAAGUUGUCCGGCGAAUUCGUAUAACUGCUUGCAGUGAUGACCCGACUUGGAGGGGCAAGUUGCUGGAGACCUAUCAUACUCAAGAUGAUAAAUUCAUAAUUGCACCUUGCUAUUGGUCUUGGGGUCAGUUUUACUAUGCUUCGACACUGCAGUGCCUUUCUGACUCUGAAAUGCUUGACGAGUGCUCGACUUCACCUUAUGCUGAAGGUCCAGAUUUUGUUGAUAAUAUACGGAGGCAGUUUGAUUAUAUAAUUAAACACCCAGAUUGGACGGAGACUUUCCCACAGAGGCAACCGCGUGUAUUUGAGAGGAAUGGUCAAGGAGGUUGGAGAAGAUGUCAUUGACGUGAAGUUCCCUGGACAAUCGCGAAUGAGACUCAAGCCAUUUAGGGAAACAUUUUACUUACCGGCAGUUGCCCUGGGAGUACGGACUUGAAAUUGUAUACACAAGAAACUUUCACCUGGGCAUAGCUUUCUCCCAAUUGUGAUUACCUUUCAAGUGACGUUGUAAAAUUGGCAUCUUCUAUUGCCUUGAAUUAAGCCCUUGUACAUGCACUAGAAUCAUCGACAGCACCUCUUGUAUACAGCAGCAGGCCGACCCGGAAUAAUCCCGGUCACUACACCUCUUGAGGAUUUGUUACUCAGACACGGUAUCCUGUGAUUCUGAGGAAGCGCUUGAAUUGUAUAAGCAGAAAUGGCGACCGCAUUUACCUCGUAAGUCGAGAGAUCUAUCUUCUCGAGCCGCUCUAUCGGUCCUUCCA